GUCGUCGCCUUUUUUUCGCAUGUAACUGUAACAGGUGUUGCGCAUCUGACUGUUCGCGACUCUUCAAAAAUCAUUGAGAUGGUCUGUCGUCGUCGUACUACUUUCAGACAGACGAGAGAACUCCUGUUGCCAUCUGUUGCCAGAAAGCGUGAUCGGUUUCUUUGAACCAACGAGCGAGUCGGUCGUGCUUAUUUAAGUAAGAGAGGCGAGAUCGAAUUCGAAAUUGUCGAGAAGUCAAUUGCCAAAACAAGCAGUAACUUUCUCCUGCUACUGGCAACGUGGAAGGGCGCGCGGACGUCGAAGAGAGCUUGAGUUUUUCUUACCUUAUUGCUAGUGAUAAGGCGUGGGCGUCUUUUCAUGAAAAUCAUGUGAGUGAAGUCCUUCACUCGGUAGUCACAAACUUGCAGCAGACAUUUGCAUGCAUCUAAUCCAAGCACUUUCUCGUCUCAUCUCUUUUUGAUUUUCCGCCCACCUUCCCCUCCUCGUCCUCCACUUCAAUCCCACCACAUCAAAUCAAAAAUGGAGCGCUUUAUCUGAAAAGUGUGACUAGAAUCCUCGACGUCCAUCUGAAAUCUUCCAAAACAAUCUACUUAGUCCUUGACGUUCUAACGAAAAAGUAGAGCAACAGAUAAGUACUCAACGCAUCGAACAAACAAAACGAGACUCAAUGUUCGCCACAACGACAACUUGUCACCUGUCCUGUAAGUACUUAAGUGUUCUUCCAGCAUUCAACCAAAGAAAAAAUGAUGCCCACGCGAAGCCAGUCGAUGUCAAGCCUUCAGGCUGCUAAUGAUAUAAAGGCUGCCCAUAAUGCCAAAGUGCGAGACAUAAGAAUGGGACUGUAUCAAUCUCAGACGCCAUCGGGGAAAGUAUUUCAUCACGUCGGAAGCUUCACGCCAAUGCAGGAGAUGAAGAUGCCGCAAGACGCGAGAACAGGCCACGUCGGACCAUGGAGUAGCUCUAACUUAGUGUUUUAUUUGUCAAAAGAGUAAGUAAGAGUGACUAGAUGAAGAGCGAAGAUAACGCAUGAGUAAAGAGUAGGAGAGAUUACCCUCUUCUACUGGGCUGGCGAAUCAUAGUUACCAGAUUUAAAUAAACAAAAUUUUUUUCCCACCCGAGCUCCUCACCCUGCCUCUUUAGUGAUUCUACCGAGCAGUGUGCGCAGUCCCAUCCCUUCUUGUUUUGGUCGUGCUCUUUAAAUCCUAGUAAGGGUCUGUAAUAUCUAAGAUCCUGGUCUCCAGCUCCUUGGGAGAGGUGGCCUCUGUGUGAACUGUGUUAGCCCUCCUUGUGACCUAACUGGUGUAGAACACUUCGCUAUAUGAGGAAUAAGUGUAUCUGUGACGAAUAAGAAGCUCCUAUUUUUGAUAUUGGGGAUGUCGUCGUAGAUCUUUGCAAAGGACCUCGCACUCGUAGGACAUUGUUGCUCACAAGAAAAAGAAUCUGAUAUGUAGAACUAACAUGACCCUGGCCCUCAUCUUCGUCUUUUCUUCCAACCACCACCCACCUCUUGCUUUUUUACCCAAGAAGAAACCUCACUAAAACCCAUCCAGGAUCAUACGGCACUUGGUGGCAAUCACUGCAGAAAGCUGACGAAAAAGAGAAGAAUAUCUUUCACGACGAUCAGACCGCGACACGCUUUUGGCCAUUGGGAAAGAACGUACGAAAUACAUUCAAAUUUGGUUAGAUACUGCGAGAUAAAAGGAUAAGACCAGCGCGACCUGUCUGACUUCUUAAUGUAGUUGCUCUUCCUAUGUUGGCUAAUGUUCGUCAGAUUGUUGAGCAGAACAUACUUGCUAUUGCUUACAGCUACGACAGUACAACUGUAACAACCAUCACUAUCGUCCACUUUAAUACUCCCACACCUGCCACUUCAAUGCCCACUCCUCCAGGUCCAAAAAGUUCACGGUAGUUUGGAGCCGGAGCAUUAUUUUAUGGGUUAUCGACAGAGAGCAGCUGGGACAGACGGAGCAAAGGGCGAGUUGAAGCAAAGCUCUAACUCGUUGUGGAUGGUGAAGAAUUCGCUUGUCGAGAAAGUCGCUGAUCCGCCAACGAGAAGGACGGAGAAGUAAAUGACGACGCUCACCUUCAUGAAGAUGUUAAGAAUAAAGCCUUCAUAAUGUUAAGGAUGAUGAACAUCAACGCCUCAAAGAGUAACAAUAGCAGAGCAAGGACAUUAUAAAGAAUUUCACACAGCGAUCAACUAAAGACAUCACGACAACAAUGAACAGCAGCUUCUUCACAACUUGAAUCGGUAGCGCCUACUUAUUUUCAUCAUCAAAAUGAACAAAUCAAGACGUAUCUUGUUCAGUGCAGCAUGAGUAUCAAAUCCAGAUCCAUUCAGCGACCACUCGUGUGCUGGUGAUGGCGAGCACGGGGAAAGGUGUUACUGAUGUUAGUUUUUCCGGGCUGGUAGCCAUGUAGUUGUACUUGUGCCCACUUGUGAAGACAAGAGGAGCAUUGAUUCGGCAAAAAAUGAACGAACACAGAGAGGAUG